GUGCCAACGUUUGACGUUUCGUAGUUGGUUUUAGUUAGGGAAGUGUCAAGUCGUCCCAGUUUAUCAAUAAACUCUGAUAUAAUGAUUCGUUUCAUACUGAUCCAAAAUCGCGCUGGCAAAACGCGACUGGCUAAAUGGUACAUGAAUUUCGAUGAUGAUGAGAAGCAGAAGCUGAUUGAAGAGGUUCAUGCGGUGGUCACUGUUCGAGAUGCAAAGCACACCAAUUUUGUGGAGUUCCGUAAUUUCAAAAUCGUUUACCGUCGAUAUGCAGGAUUAUAUUUCUGCAUAUGCGUCGACGUUAACGAUAAUAACUUGUGUUACCUAGAGGCGAUACACAAUUUCGUUGAGGUCCUUAACGAGUAUUUCCAUAACGUCUGCGAAUUGGAUCUGGUAUUCAAUUUCUAUAAAGUCUACACAGUGGUGGACGAAAUGUUCUUGGCCGGCGAGAUCCGGGAAACCUCUCAGACCAAAGUCCUGAAACAAUUGUUGAUGCUAAAUUCACUCGAGUAAUUGGAUCAUCCACUAUUACUAAUAUUAAUCUUAAUAAGUACAAUUAACAUUUCAUAUGGACAUGGAGCGCAAAGUAAAUAAGUGUGUGUAUGUACAUAAUGUAUCCUUCUAGAAACGGUUAUUAACAGCAUAUGAAAUGUUUCUUGUAUUUCUAGAGACGUUCCAAGAAAAGAAAAAAAAGUAAACAAACCGCAUAUAAAUUUAAACAAAUAAGAUUGUUUCGUGCAAACAGGAUGAAUGGCUUUGAAUCUAAAGAUACUCAUAAGUAGGAUGACCAAAAGUUACAAAAGAUUUGUUAGGGUAUUAAAUAAUAAUUGUUACGUACAUUCAGUUUGCCAUUCGAAUUUAUUUCUCUCGUCUAGUUAUUUUUAUUAUUCCUCUUUCAAUAUCGAUCCACAAUUUAUAUUUUCUCUUCUAUUUUUUUGUACUAUUAUUAUAUAUGUGUGUAUGUAUGUUGCGUUUUGAAAGUUUUAGGAUAAUUUUAUUCCUGUAGAUUUAUUAAUAUUAUAUUUUGAAAAUUUAUUGUUUAUAGAGAGCUUUGUUUGGAAACAAAAAUUGUAUUGAGAUAUGAAGAUCAUGAAUGUUUGCUUCCAAUGAAUUAAAUCGAAACACAUUUAUGUUAUAUGAAUAUUCCAUUGUAACAUUAUCACAUUGACAAAUAAAUAAGCAUAAUUAUUA